AUGAAUAAAAAUAAAAUCUGGACAUACGAGGAAAUAUCGAGGCCUCAUAUAAGACUUUUCCAACUUGUUGGCUUCAUUCCUUUUGAGGGUAAAACAUUAGAAUUUAUUGGCACGAAAUUAUUGAAUGUGUUUUGGUCUCUUAUGGUCCUAUCUUAUAAAAGCAUGUUCGUUGGAUAUGGAAUACAAAUGUUAAGAAGAAAGCGUCGUAAAUUUGUAGAGUUGAUAAAGAUGUGCAAACAACUUUGGACAUACCUAACUCCAGAUGAAACUACGAUCAUUAGGAGAUACGAAAGAAAAGCUUAUUAUAUUUGGAAUAUAAUGAUGAUCAAUGUAUUUUCUGCAGUUACAAUAUAUAUUUUAACUGCCCAUUUUAUAUCAAUACCAUCAGAAACUAUGAAUGGAACCCAAUUAAAGACUUUACCCUUCAGAUUUUUUGCAGAUAUUCAGGAAGAUCCAUUAUUCACAAUAGUAUAUGUAUAUCAAGGUAUUGUUACUUACAGUAUAGUAGUAAUUAAUACAGCAGCCGAAGCCACGGGAUAUUAUGUAAUUUUACUAGCAUGUGGAUACUUGAGAUCUGUUAGAACAAGAUUAAGAUCAUUAGCAGAACGCCAGGAUAAACUAAAUUCAAAUGAUAAAGAAAAUCAAAAUAAAACAACUGAAUUAAUUUAUAAGGAUGUACUUCAAUGUGCUAAGUUUCAUCAGAAUAUAAUGGUAUAUUGUGAGGAAAUCGAACAAUUUAUGCGAAAUAUUUCCUUCGUUGGUGUAUUUACAACAAUUUACAACAUAUCAAUGAUUGGAAUAAAAAUGUUUCAGCACGAUGGGCAAUUUUUGAAAUACAUGAUAAUUAUGAUAAUGAAUGUAUUUCAAUUUUUCACAUAUCAGUGGAGUCCUGAUGGCCUCUUAAGAGAAAGUGAUGCCAUUGCAAACGCAGCAUACAGUACUAGUUUAAAACAAGUUGGUAAUCAUAAAAGUAUAAAUAAGAUACUGCACUUCUUAAUAAUGAGAGCACAAAAACCAAUGCAAUUAACCGCUGGAGGAUUUGUCAAACUUUCUAUGGAGACAUUUGGCGUUAUGAUUAAAAGCGCUUUCUCAUUCUUUGCUCUUCUUCGUAACGCUGAUAUUUAAUAUAAAAGGAUUUCCAUAGAUCAAAAUACUUUAAUAG